AUGUCGGCAACUAAAGGCGUUGCACUUGUAACAGGCUGCGCCCAGGGCAUUGGGCGUGCCAUCGCGCUGCGGCUCGCCUCCGACGGAUUCCACCUCGGUCUUUGCGAUCUGCCUGCGAAACGAGAAGCCGUUGAGGAGCUGUCACUCGAGAUAUCUAGGACGCGCUCUCAUGCAGGCUCCGAUAUCCGGACCUGCAUCUCGCUCGGGGAUGUAAGCGCUGAACACGAGGUCCAGAAUGUGGUGGGGUCUGUGGUAGAAAGUUUGGGAGGAGUGAACGUGCUCGUCAACAGUGCUGGAAUUGCUCACGACAAGCCAUUUCAUGAAAUUACCGAACAAGAAUUUGACAGAGUCUUUGCUGUCAACACAAAGGGCACGUUUUUCUGUUACAAACACGCCGCUCAACGGAUGCUCAAGCAAGGAAGCGGGGGGCGUAUCAUCGGCAUUAGUUCUAUUGCAGGAAAGAGAGGAUUUGCCUUGGCCAGCACCUAUUCGGCUUCGAAGUUCGCUGUGCGCGGUUUGACGCAAUCGGUAGCGGCUGAGCUUGGAUCGCAUGGUAUUACCGUAAAUACCGUUGCGCCUGGGACCAUUGAUACUCCUUUGAUGAGAGAGUCCAUCGAAGAAUCGAUGAGGGUGACGGGGAACGAUGAGGGUCUCGUCAAGUCAUUGUCCACCCACUCGUCAGCGCUUGGUUGUCUUGGAAAGCCUUCAGAUGUUGCUGGGCUAGUUUCUUACCUCGCAUCUGCCGAGUCGCGCUUUAUUACUGGUCAAACCUUCGUGGUUGAUGGCGGGACCGUCUUUGAUUGA